GUAUCGUUUGGUCUUUGAAGGGGUGCGUGGAAACGGUUUCUAUGGCGAUAUUGCAAUUGAUGAGCUGUCUGUCAAAAGAGGUCGAGAAAUAACUACGCAAUCUCCGAUCAAGACCACCACUAGAGGCUUACCAACUACAAGACCAACCAAUCCCCCUGUUGUAUCUACAACCGCCGUCAUCAGCACUGACUAUACAUGUACAUUCAGAGACCCCGCCUUGUGUUUCAUAGUUGAUGGACCUGUUGAAUUCAAGUGGACCAAACAUAAAGGUUCCACACCGACUGGAGACACUGGACCAAGC